AGUGCCAUGCAUCAGCACCCUCUGUUGACUUAGUAAUGAACUGCAGGCAAAUUUCCACUGUACAAAAAUAGUGUGGUUCAACUUUAUGAAUUUUAUUAACAGACAAGAAAACACAAGGCUGGUUUGGGAUAUGAACUUGCUUGAUUUCAGAAACACCCUUCUUCAAAUGGAUUAAAAUUAAAGUAGAAAAUAGAGUUGUGUUUAGUGAUCAUAUCUCUACCCUUUCAGAGCAAACAAGCACAUGACUAGCACCCGCACAGCUGUUUACAGUAUACUUAAUAUCAAUCAAUGAUUUUUGGUUUAAACCAACUCAUACAUCAGCAAAUGGGGUGACUUACACAUUUGGCUCAUUGCACACAAGCGACAGGUACUAUAGACUUACUUUAAUUUUAUGAUUUUUUAUCCCAGUCCUAUAAGCAAUCAGCUUUUUAGUCCCCUACAUUGUAAGAUUGACAUUGAAGUGGCAAAAAUAGUUUAUUCAGUCUCCCUCAGCUUUUAGUUCAGUCCACAGCAAACAUGGUUCAAACUUGAGACUUUGACUUGGGGCGAGGCUGCCACAUCAGCAAGAAGCAAAAUCAUGGCGGCUGCACCGACAAGUUUGGGGACACAUUUCAAGGAAGAACUGUCCUGCAGCAUCUGCCUGGAGCUGUUCAUCAGGCCCAAGAUGCUGCCCUGUCAGCACACCUUCUGUCAGGACUGUCUACAGGACCAUGCAGGGAGGGGAGGGACCUUCCAGUGCCCAAUCUGUCGUCGGCAGGUCAGGCUGCCACCCCAGGGGGUCGCAGGUUUGCCUGACAACUACCUGGUUACAAGUCUGUGUGAGAGGCUGCAAAAUCAGGCAACAUUAUCAGAGGAAACAAGGGAACAACCCCAGUCUGCAAACAGGUGCAGUUCUCACCCUUCUGAGGUACUCAAACAGUUCUGUAAACAAUGUCAGAUUCCAAUUUGCGAACAGUGUUUUGAAGAGACUCAUGAUGAUCAUCUCACAACAACCAUCAAAAAAGCUGCACAGGAAAGAAGCUCCACAGUCCAGGCCUUGAUCAAUGAGGGGAGGAACAUUGUUGAAAGUUACUUAAGCUUCCUCAGAAGUCUGAGGGAAGAAGAGAGAACCCUGAACGAAAAGAAACAGCAGAGAGACAAAAGCAUCAUUCAGGCCUACAACCAAAUGGUGCAGAAACUCACCCAGAGAAAAGACCACCUCUUGUCUGAAUCAGAAGAGAACCACACAAACAACUUGGACAGAAUGCAGACUGAAAGGGACAGUAUGUUGGCAGAUGUCAAUGAACUGUCUGCUGCCUGUGAUCGAGCAGAACAAGAACUGCAGCAGGGAUGGGUCGAGUUUCUCAGUCAGCAAACCGCUUUGACAGAGGUAGUAGGAAAGUACAGACGAAAAACAGCACCAACUCCUGUACAAACCCAGCCUGCUGUCUUUCAGCCCACAGACACCCCCGUGCCAGUAUUGGGACAUGUGACGGUCCAGUCUCUCCCAUCUGCACCAAUCCCAGCAGCACCUUCAGCAAGGGGAACAGGUCAUCACCAUGGUAACCAAAGACAAGGGGAGCGUCAGCCUCAGAAGGUGACAUUUGGUGGAGAGCGAUCAGGAACAGGAAAGUUCAUUGAACAAUGCGGUGUUACAGUGUCAAAUGAAGGGGAGAUCUUUGUAGCAGAUAAAAACCAGAGAAUCCAAGUCUUCACCCUGCAGGGAAGGUUUGUCCGACUGUUCCCAACAGUUGUGUCAGGUGAACAGGAGAUGCAGCCAACAGAUAUGGCCCUGGACGGGGAGGGGAACCUGUGGGUGGUGGGGUGGAUACAGUCUGCUGAGUUUGCUGUGCAGUACAACAAACAGGGCAGGGUGCUGAGGAAGAUUGGCCUACAGGACACAGGGUGGGCCAGAGGAGUUGCCGAGGACACCAGGAGGAACCACAUCCUCAUCACACAAAUCACAGGAGACAGGGACAACCCACAUGGUGCAGUUUUGGUGUUCAGGCCAGAUGGAACAUUGGUGGAAACUGUGGGUGGGAAAAGGAAGAGCUUACUAGCAUCACUAGUAUCAAGGCAGCAGGGGAUGAAGUUCCCACGGUACAUCACUGUGGACGGGGAAGGGAACAUUCUAGUGUCAGACUGGGACAAUGCCUGUGUCUAUGUGUACAACGAGGACGGACAGUUUCUGUUCCAGUUUGGAGGUUGGGGAAUUGGUGAAGGUCAGCUGAACAGGCCCCGUGGCAUCUGCACAGACAGGGCAGGGAACAUCAUCGUGGUAGAUGGGGGAAACAGACGUGUGGAGAUGUUUGACAAGACAGGAAAAUUCCUCAAACACAUCACUACAGACAUGAUGGGGCCACGAGCUGUUGCCAUGGCAACACAGGGACAGCUGGUAAUAACUGAUGAUAGAGACAACACUGUCAGCAUAUUCCAGAACUUCUGAAUCUGAUUGAGGUGAUAAUCAAACUGAACCAGUCUGUAACAAUAUCACUUUACAAAGUUUAGCUCUGUUGCUGUAUUAAGCAUGUUGCUAUAUUA